CUAUAAUUCUGUUGCACGGUAGAAAUGUUUAUUGUCAGUUGUCACAGAUUUUUAAGAUUGUUACUAUAACUAGAUAAUAAAUAGUUUUAGUCAUUUCGUUUUAGUAUAAUAUUAAGGCUAUAAUAAUGACGCAGCAGCUAAUAAAUGAGAAUAGCAAAUACAUUUUGGAUUUAUUUUCGGAACAAACAGUGGAUCAACAGAGCUUGGACUCAAUAUGUGCUCAAGUACAAAAGCGGUUCCCAAAAACCGAGCAUUUUAAUUUAUGUCUCCUUCUAUCAUCCCUCAUCACUGGCGGGGACCUGUCCCUCCCCGGCCAGCGUGUGGUCGCGCUAGCCCUGCUCCAUGAUAUAUACAAAGUGGACAGCCCGUUCAGCCCACUGUUCGUGCAUUUGCUGGAGUCGAAGCCUGGCCUGACACCACUCAGUCCGCAGGAGAGGCUCUUUAUUGGACAACUGCAUGGGUUCACUAGCGGUAAUGUCAGAGAUGUUAUGAAGAAGACAGCAAAGCAAGUAAUAAUGACAGAAGUAAACGCCAAGGACCUUGAGUUCGACCUGUCGCCGCUUCAGUCGCUUGUGGCGGAACGGUUAGCGGAUAUCAGUUCUACGGCAAGGGCAUCCGCUCCCGCCCUCGUUCCGCUGUCAGACGGAAGCCCUCCAAACCGGAUAGCAAUGAAGGAGCUGAUUGAAGCUCUAAUGGCGACGGAAUAUCUUCCCCUCCACGGAACCCUGCAGGCCAGGGGACCCAUCCCGCCGCCUGCUUUCCUGUUAGACGAGAUACCCUUCUCAGAUGAGGUAGUAUGGAAGAACCUGGUAAACCGCGGCGCACACAUACCUAUGUUCGACACUGCCCAAGACGGGCUGAUAGGCCUGCGACCCGCUAAGGCCAAGGAGCAGCCGAAGCCUAAGAUAGAAGAGAAGAAAGAAAAGCCGGAAGAUAAGAAAGAAGACGGCAAAGAAAGCCCCGUCUCCGAAGCCAAACAGCUGACCCAAAUGGCGCUCCGCGGCGCGCUCAGUGUGUCUCAGCAGCAGCGGCUUCUGGCUUUACUGGACCACGAACCUAAUGUCGUUUAUGAGAUAGGAGUCACGCCUUACCAGUUACCAGAGCUAGUGGAGAACAACCCGAUGGUGGCCAUCUCCGUGCUACUAAAGCUGAUCCACUCGCAGCAGAUCACAGAGUACUUCAGUGUACUUGUCAACAUGGAAAUGUCUCUGCAUUCCAUGGAAGUUGUCAAUAGGUUAACUACAUCAGUAGACUUACCAGUCGAAUUCGUGCACCUCUACAUAAGCAACUGCAUAUCAACGUGCGAGACUAUACGCGACCGGUACAUGCAGAACCGACUGGUACGCCUGGUGUGCGUGUUCCUGCAGUCGCUUAUACGGAAUAAGAUUAUUAAUGUUAAGGAGCUGUUCAUCGAAGUGGAAGCAUUCUGCGUGGAGUUCAGCCGCAUCCGCGAGGCGGCAGCACUGUUCCGGUUACUAAAGCAACUUGAUUCGGGCGACGGCGCGCAUAAAGAUGCCAAGGAGACUUAGACCUUAUGCAAAGGUGUUAGGGUACAAUUUAAUUCAAGAAUAGUUAAAAUGAGAACUAAACUGGAAGGUGAAAUUCGGCCGAGCUUGCCGGGGACUUAAAAGCGAAAAAAUAUGCCAAUGUUUUAUGUCCAUCCAUCACUUGUCGAUCUCUAAUACGUCAUAAAAACCGGCCAAGUGCGAGUCGGACUCGCGCACGAAGGGUUCCGUACCAAGACGCAAAAAAAUCACUUGUUGUAUGGGAGCCCCCCUUAAAUAUUUAUUUUAUUCUGUUUUUAGUAUUUGUUGUUAUAGCGGCAACAGGAAUACAUCUGUGAAAAUUUCAACUCUCUAGCUAUCACGGUUCAUGAGAUACACCCUGGUGACAGACAGACGGACAGUGGAGUCUUGGUAAGAGGGUCCCGUUUUAACCCUUUGGGUACGGAACCCUACAAAAAUAGGCACCCGAAAAUACCAAACAUUGGCAUGAUUAUGAAAUUUAUGAAUUAUUUCUAAAAUAUUUGUUAUUAAAGUUGUCAUGCCACUAAUAAUUUUGAAGGGGUGCGGAAAUUAUUAUUAGUAUUUAUACCCUAAUAGGGUAUGGUUACAUGUUGUAACAUAUUUUCAUGACCACAGACCAGAGUCCUCACGGAGAGGGUGAGAGUGAGAGAGAUAAUCAGAGGUUUUGAUGAGUUAUUUUGCAGAGAGGAUUUACUUAGCUUUCUUACCUAGUGUUUUAUAGAAUAAAAACUUAACAAAUUAA